AUGGACCUGGUACAGCAGUUUGAGCAAUCCUCCCACGGGGAGAUCAUCAAGUGCAUCGACAUGCACACCACCGGGGAACCUACUCGUAUCAUCUACUCUGGCUUCCCUGAACUCAAAGGGACACUUCUUCAAAAACGAGACCAGGCGAAAAAUCAGUACGACAAUAUCCGCAAGCGUGUCAUGCUAGAGCCCCGCGGCCAUUACGAUAUGUAUGGUGCCAUCAUAAUCCCAAAAACAGAGCUCGUGCAGUCUGGCGAUGCACACAUUGGGACUCUGUUCACGCAUAAUGAAGGAUUCUCCACGAUGUGUGGACACGCAACGAUCGCACUCGGUCGAUUCUUGGUUGACACUCAUGACGUGACAGUGUUUCCGCGGCGAAACGAAUUGAAACCCGAUCUGGUGACCCGUGAGGUAAAGUUCAAUAUCCAUGCUCCCUGCGGGCUUGUUCGUGUGGUUGUCCCUACAUCUGAGGAUGGUCAGAAGUCGGAUCCUUCUCGUCCUGUCACCUUCUUUUCUACCCCGGCCUAUUGCGCUGGCACGAACAUCGAAGUGCCAAUUCCUGAAGACCUUAGGUGGCCUGAGCUUGGCGACAGGUCCUCUUUGCAUGUUGACAUAUCAUACGGCGGGGCAUAUUAUGCAUUAGUGGAUGCUCGUGCUCUUGGAUUUUUGGGUGGUUUGCGCAACUUUGAGCUUGAAUCUGUCAUAACUGCUGCCAAAACUCUGAAGAACCUCCUACCUAAAAUACCUGAGGUAUCCAAAGCAUUGCAGCAUCCCGAGGAUAAAAGACUGUCGUUUCUUUACUCUGUCAUGGUUGUUGAUCAUGAAGUUGGGUUCAAGCCAGAUGGUGCUGAUGGGGCGGAGACUGGCCUCUGCCUCUUCGCAGAAAACCAAAUUGACAGAUCCCCAACAGGAUCCUGCGUGGCUGCUCGCAUGGCGUUGGCGCAUGCAAAGAACGUGAGAGCUAAAGGCCAGACGUGGGCAUACAACUCACUCGUCUCGAAUCAUUUCAACACGGGAGCUUUCACAGCAGCAAUCGUGAAUGAGGAAAUUCCAAUAGAAGGCGAAAAUAAUGAGACCCAAAUGGGAGUCGUUGUUCGUGUUGAGGGUAAGGCCUACUAUACGGGGUCAAUGACCUUCAUUGUGGAGAAUGGAGACGCUACAAGUGAGAAUGGGUUCACAAUGCAAGGCUGCACCAAAUAG